CAUCCCUGCGCGAAAUACACAAAGCAAAAGUGAAAAAAGCAUACAAAAAUAAUAAAAGUUCAAUUAAGAAUCGAACCUUUGCGUCGUACAGUUAAAUUGUUAUUACGAGGCGUACACUGAUUAUAUUGAGAGCUACAGACAAAUCGAAAUCACAAAUUGCAAUCAGUGCAUCAGAUAUAAAUAUCACAGCAGCCAUUCAAAAUGGCCACCAGCGAGAUUUCUAGCUCCAAUGAGCGGCACUACUACGCUAAGCUGGAGGCAAUCAAGGAUAUACGGGACAAAACGUUGGCCCUGGAGAAGCUCAAGGUGCGCAUCAUUAAGGAGGUGAAGCUAAGCGAUGACGAGGAGAAAUGCCUGGACGAAUAUCGCAAGGAAAUGGAGCAUCUGCUUGAGGAAAAGAUGUCGCAUGUGGAGGAGCUCCGCCAGAUACACGCUGACAUCAAUGACAUGGAAAACAUUAUUAAGCAGACGAAGGAGAAUCAAACGCGCUCUUUCGAUAUGGCCAAUCGUGUGUACGAAGAAUACCUCGCUCUCAAAUAUCAAAUCGACCACAUGCGACGCGACUACCUGGGUCUCAGUCCUCUCCGAGACCUACACGAAGAGGAGGGCAGCCCCAUAUCCAAGGAUCGCUUUCAAACAAACUUUCUCAAAGUCGCCGCACAAUCUGCGGCCGUGGCAGCAGCAGCAGCCGCAGCGGCCGCCGUCACACAGCCGACAUCUUUGGCGAGACCCCAUGCACGGCAUCCGCUGAUGGCGGAGGCCACCGUGACAGCAAUGCCGCCGAAUUCGGCCGGUGCGGGUGGAGGCGGUGGCUCCAAUGUGCCCAGCAGCGGUGGUGGUGGACCAGGACACGCGUUCAUGCCACCCGCUCCGCCUGGGGCACCUGGCAGCGCUGGCGCUGCCGCAGCUGCGGCCGUGGCUGCAGCUCGUCUUGGCAAGAGCGACUUUUCAGCACCGCCGCCGCCGCCGCCGACCACAAAUCGAUUGCAGCAGUCACCGUCGAUCGGGAUUGGACAUCAUCCAUCUUUUCGCUCUGACUUCAACGUUAACCUGAGGCAGCAGCCGCCCCCCAUGAAGUCCUGCUUGUCUUGCCACCAACAGAUUCAUCGAAACGCGCCCAUUUGUCCGCUCUGCAAGGCCAAGUCGCGCUCACGCAACCCCAAGAAGCCCAAAAAGAAAAACAACUAAUUGCCGCCAAUGCUCCCAUCAAUUGUAUUCUAUAUGUUCCAUCAAAUUGGAACUU